GGGGGGCUGCGGGCGAGGGGGCUGCCCCUUAGCGUCGCGCAGGGUCGGGGACUGCGCGGCGGUGCCAGGCCGGGCGUGGGCGAGAGCACGAGCGGGCUGCCGGCGGGCUGAGAGCGUCGAGCUGUCACCAUGGGUGAUCACGCUUGGAGCUUCCUAAAGGACUUCCUGGCUGGGGGCGUAGCCGCUGCCGUCUCCAAGACAGCGGUCGCCCCCAUCGAGAGGGUCAAACUGCUGCUGCAGGUCCAGCAUGCCAGCAAACAGAUCAGUGCUGAGAAGCAGUACAAAGGGAUCAUUGAUUGUGUGGUGAGAAUCCCCAAGGAGCAGGGCUUCCUCUCCUUCUGGAGGGGUAACCUGGCCAACGUGAUCCGUUACUUCCCCACCCAAGCUCUCAACUUCGCUUUCAAGGACAAGUACAAGCAGCUCUUCUUAGGGGGUGUGGAUCGGCAUAAGCAGUUCUGGCGCUACUUUGCUGGUAACCUGGCGUCCGGUGGGGCCGCUGGGGCCACCUCCCUUUGCUUUGUCUACCCGCUGGACUUUGCUAGGACCAGGUUGGCUGCCGAUGUGGGCAAGGGCGCCGCCCAGCGUGAGUUCCAUGGUCUGGGCGACUGUAUCAUCAAGAUCUUCAAGUCUGAUGGCCUGAGGGGGCUCUACCAGGGUUUCAACGUCUCUGUCCAAGGCAUCAUUAUCUAUAGAGCUGCCUACUUCGGAGUCUAUGAUACUGCCAAGGGGAUGCUGCCUGAUCCCAAGAACGUGCACAUUUUUGUGAGCUGGAUGAUUGCCCAGAGUGUGACGGCAGUCGCAGGGCUGGUGUCCUACCCCUUUGACACUGUUCGUCGUAGGAUGAUGAUGCAGGUCAUAUUCUAUCUUAUCCAGUGUUACUGUAGGCUAGAAAGUGAUAAUGGCUUUCAUAAUCCUGCCUUCUUAGGCACUUUCCUUCAGUCUUUAGAAAUUCUGAGAUUCUGCUUAGAGUUUUAACUCACAAUCUGGAGGAUUUUCCAUGAUCAGGAAGUGCUCUGUUUUCAUCCCUUUAGAUAACUGUGACACCUAGAAUUUUAUGAUAAGAGUAUUCAUUGAAAGUCAAGGCUGGGUGCAGUGGCUCACACCUGUCAUCCCAGCAUUUUGGGAGGCAGAGGUGGGCAUAUCACUUCAGGCCAGGAGUUCGAGACCAGCCUGGCCAACCCAGCGAAACCCCAUCUCUAAUAAAAAUACAAAAAAUUAGCUGGGUGUGGUGGCGCACACCUGUAAUCCCAACUACUCGGGAGGCUGAGGCAUCAGAAUUACUUGAACCCGAGAGGCAGAGGUUGCAGUGAGCUGAGAUGGCACGCCACCACAUCCAUCGUAAGUGACAGGGCAAGAUCCUGUCUCAAAAAAAAAAAAAAAAAAUCAGUUGUUUUAGUUCAGGCCACUAUAACAAAGUACUGUAGACUGAUGGCUUAUAAGCAACAGAAACUUAUUUCUCAGUUCUGUAGGCUGGAGGUCCAAGAUCAAGGUGACACUGUGGUCAGGUUCUGAUGAGGGCCCUCUUCUGGGUUGUAAACUACUGACUUCUUGUAUCCUUACCUGGCAGAAACAGAGCGACAGAGCUCUCUGUAGUCCCUUUUAUAAGCUCACUAAUCCCAUUCAUGAGGGCUGUACCCUCAUGACCCAAUUACCUCCCAAAUGCCCCUCCUCCAAACACCACCACUUUGGGGGUUAAGAUUUCAACAGAUGAAUUUUGAAGGGACACAAACAUUCAGUGCAUAGCAUCAGUUAUCAAGCUAGUAUUUAAUACCUCUUAGGCCCCGUGGAAGGGAAAAAAGAUAGGAACCUGCUCUGAACGAUGCUUAAGUUGGGGAGAAAAGGUGAAAUGCCAUUGUUAGAUAAUUUGUUGAAGACAAUACAUCUUGCUUGAGAAGGAAUAGAAGGGAAACGAAAUGGGGGGAGGGAGUGGUAGGAGAAAAUAACCAGCUUUAGAAAGAUGGGUCUAGAAAGCAUCCUCCAGGACGCCUGUAACAAUUAUCAAGACCUACAGGAAGUCAGUUUUGGAUUCGCCCCUCUGAGAUUCAUGAGCCAGAGGAAAAUACUUAGAAUAUCAGGUUGGAAACUUCACACUUUGGGACCAGGAAAAGACCAAGCAGUUGCUCUAGUCUCCCGGAUGGUGACUAAUCUGGAGGAAGCAAGUCCCUGUAUCCGUGGCAAAGCUUGAAAGGCAGGCAGAUGUCUUCUCUGUGUUUUCUAACAGGUGGUUGGGUGGUGGGGGUUGGUCUCUGUACCUCCUGUUCUUUACCUUGCUUACCAAGCGCUUCCACCGACUCACUCCUGCCUCCCCAGCUAAAAAUUGGCUGUGUUGAUUUUACCACAGUUACCAAGGUCGGAGUUUUAUAAAAUCCAGGAUCACAUCUGACCUCACCUGGUAGAUAUCUAGGCCAAUAAAGUCUGAAGGGCUAAAAAGAAGGUACCUCUCCAACCUGUCUCCUCGAGGCCAGGUAACACAUGUGCAGUUAGAGGCCUCCUGGAUCCAUUGUCCUCCUGUUGCUUUUCAUUCUAAGGAUAAUAUGAGUGAUCCAAAUUCUACUGCUGAUAGGGAAUAAAAGCAGGGCAGGCUAGUAGUAGGCAAGUACUUUGAUGGAGCGUGUCUCAAAGCAGGGCCCAAGUUUAGGAGGAGGAAGACCUGACACAAUGAAUGAACAGUGUGUCCUCCCAACCCAACCAAGAAGUGUAACUGUGUUCUGUCUUUAACCCUGGCAUGGAAUGGGGAGGGAAGAGGCAUGGACAUUUAUUACAUAGGGCACAUUAUCUACAUUCUACAUGUGACCCAGGUGUCAGCCCUCCCGCUUCCUGCUAAGGUUACCUCUAAUGCACGUUGCCCCAGGCCCUGCUGAGCCAGUUCCUCACUGCGGCUACUUAACUCACCAUGAAUUCCUAGAACCCUCAGCCUCUGACAGAGUGCUGGGAUCUGGCGGGAGAACAGGCAGUACUUCCCUCACUAACCUACCCUCACGCCAUACCAUCAUCGUGCAAAGCUGCGUCAUGCUGGAAGGUCUGGUUUACGUAAAAGUGACAACUUGGAAUUGAGCGUCCGACUCUCAGGUACCCGCCCCAGGCCUUUCUCAUCAGCCCCAUUUCCCACACAGCUGUCUCCUAGGCGCAGCCUCCUUCACCACCACCACCACCACCACCCCAGUCAUCUUUAGGUAUUUUCUCCCCUAAAGCCUCACCUCUUGGCAUCUUAAAUCUUUUUAAGACCUUAUUUUGUAUUUUAAAUAUAUAAGAAAAAUUAUGGAGGAUGAUACAAGAUGAGUGAGUCCAUAAUGGUAAUAAUUGGACACUAAAAACAAUGAAAACUUGUCUCAAGUAUUUGUGUUGAAAUCUCAAUUAACUGGGCGACUGCUCCCGUUCCAUUUGAUUCUGUAAAAUAUGUGGCAUCCUUCGUGUUGAGGCGGCAUUUACUAAACACCCCCAAGGUGCAAGGCUGCAAGGAAUCAAGCGCUGCAAGGAGAGCUUAUCUUCCACACCUGGCACAGUGCCCAGGACAGAGAAGGUGUUUAGCAAGUUUCUGUUGAAUGUAAGAAUGAGCGAGAAGGGAAAGUGCAUCUAAAAAGCACAGGGAACCUACAAAAUAUUUGGGAAAGGGUUUCAUCAGUUCGGGUGAAAUCUUGAACAUGCAGAGCACUGUGGGGGUGGCCGGACAGGCUUGUUGGAGUUGUAUAAUGCAAUGAAUAAAAACUUACGACUGCCUUAAAUGCAAAUUUCAAGCUCUUAAAUAAAAUUUAACAAAGUC